GAUCACUUGCAAUCAGCAGUGGAUGAGUCUGUAGCUCGCUCAGUCCACUCUGCUAUAUCUAUCUUACAAGAUAGCAUUAAUAAGUCCAUAUCCAUGGCACUAUCUAAAGCUGGUCCUUCUAGUGAAAUUCCAGGACCUACUACCCCCUCUGAAAUCUAUUGGUCACCAGAAACAUCUGUUUCUAAACUGGCUAAAGGUUUUAAUACCUCAAAAAAGGCUAAGGCUAAACGCCAUCAUAUUACUGACGACAAAGUUCCCUUCAUAAAAUCUUCUAAGGGACCAUGUCAAGAUUACCCCCAUAAUAAGAGAUCUAAGUCGGAUCAUUCUACUGGUGUCCAUCAGAAACACCCCAUACCCUCAGCUCCUGAGGAAGUCAUUUCCAAAAGAGCCAAAAAAGCCGCUAAAAGAUCAAAACCGGAUUCCUAUAAUGAAUCCCAUUCUGAAGAUUCAGAUGUCCCUACUAAUGCUGAUGAAAUUUUUAUCUCUGACUACUCCUCUGAGGAGAGUGGAGAAUUGGCAGAGGACCCUGAUGACCAGGAAGAUUGCAUUCCAAUAGAGUCGGAUCAAUCUUACUUCGAUCCCGCUCUAAUUCGCCAUCCCAGAUCAGGGGAAUGGCUCCCCACCGGUAAGGUGGCGAAAUUCAUAUCUACUAGAGUGUUCAAAAGUUUAGACAGAACCACUCGCAACAAAAUGAAGGCAGAGUGUCCAAGACCCACCCUGCCACACAAUUCUUCAGUUACUCCUGAACUAGACCCUGUUCUAACUAAAUUCUUAAUGAAAUCGGGGAAAAACCCCAAGAAAGGUCUGGAUCGGAGCUUCCGAGCAUGCCAGGAUAAAUUAAUGGACCUGAUUGGCCCCCUAACUAAAAUAGUUGACUUGGCCGAGGAAUCCUCCGCUAGCAAUAGACCCGUAGACACGGAAGUCCUAUUGGGAUGGGCACAACGUGCUGUUUGUAUAUUCGGAAACGCCAAUGCAGCGCUUUCUGUAGAACGCAAACGUUCUAUUUUAAUGAAGAUUGACCCCCAAAUUACAAAUUUAGCAUCCAAAGAACCUGAAAAGCCUACAGAAGGCUUAUUAUUUGGGGACGAUUUUAUACAUGACAUGGGCAAAUAUGUAGGAUUGUUUUCAUCCAUCAACAAAGCCCAAUCCUUCCUCAAGAAAGUCUUCUCUAAUAGAGUUUUUGGUCGGGCCGGGAAAGGUAGGAGCCGCUUUCCCGGCCGAUCUCUCCCCAACAGACAAAAUUUUAGAGGCUCCUACCAUAACAACCAAACUUACCAAUCUUCACAACCGGUCCCUACACCAUUCUUUCCAUAUCGUAGAAGACCAUGGAGAGCCAGAGGCCAGAGAGGGGUCCCUCGAACUAGAUCAUCUUCAGCAUCCUAGAAUAUCAUUCAUUGAAGAAAUGUCUUCUCUUCUUCCAAGACUGUUUUUUCCUUGUUAAAGACUGUUUCGUUUGGAUUAAUACCGCAGCAUGUUCCUGUUUCAGACUGUUUCUUCGCCGCAAAGAAGAGGAGGAAAUAUGGGCAACUGUCACUAUUAUACCUGUCUGCAUACUCUGAUUGGCCACUGAAUAUGCCAACAUGUUUGACUAUACCAUACCUUUGUUAUCAAAGUUUUCUGUUUUAUUAUUAAUAUAUACAUAUCCAUUUCUUUUGCUGCUGAGUGAGUAAAAGAGGUAA